UUUUACUCCCACCUUUCUUUCCUUUCUCUCACUCACUACUCUUCCUAACAAACAAAACCACUCAUAACCGGAAAAACCACUCUUCAAAAUCCAUCACCACCUUCUUAUAUAAAUAUUCCCCUGUUUCCUUCUUCCUUCACGAGAUUUUUUUCUUCUUCUUUUUCUCUUUCAAUUUCUUCGAUGGGGAAGUACAUGAAGAAACCCAAACCUAAAUCCGAAUUACCUUUACUUGAUUCCACCACCACUGUCACCACCGCCACCGCAACAACCACCACCUAUUACGGUGUUCGAACCCGUGCUAAAACCCUAGCUCUUUCUCUUUCUCAGAAUCAGGAUCUCUCUGUUUCUAAUGAUUCCUACCUUCAGCUUCGGAGUCGUCGCCUUCAGAAACCUCCCACUCCUCAACAUUCUUCUAAGAAGAGUAAGCCCCAAAAUCAAAACCCUAAAUCCCCAAUUCCUACCAAGGAGAAAACUCCUGAAGCUGAAGAUGCUGCUGACUUUGGGGAAAAUGUUUUGGAUUUUGAAGGUAGAGAGAGCAGAAGCACCCGGGAAACCACACCCGUCAAUUUGAUAAGGAACCCAGACGUUCUCAGGACUCCUAGUUCGACUACCAAGCGUACUUUUUCAACUGACGCUCAUCGCAGAGCGGAGCGUGCAACUAGAACUGUUAUCCCAUCUACACGGGAAAUGGAUGAAUUCUUUGCUAAAAAUGAAGCGGAACAGCAAAAGAAGUUCAUGGAGAAGUACAACUUUGAUCCUGUGACAGAGAUGCCACUCCCAGGGCGUUACGAAUGGGAAAAAAUAACACCCUAGAAGACAAGCUAGUGUUAAGUGUUGCAUCAAACAUCUUUGAAGUAGCAGUGUUUAGAGUUUGUUGAAAUGGGUGGUGGUGUUAUUUCCAUUUUCCAUCACUUUUCUAUUUACUUGUAAAGAAAGUAGGACUUUUCAACAUAUGUAGACUAAUGAUCUGUAACUUUACAGAGGUGUUGAUUACAAACACAACUAUACAAAGUCCUUUGUCUAACAGAUCAUCAAAGAGGGAAAAAAAGGGGCUGUAGUUGUAGGAUUUAGGGGAUAAAAAUCAAAUUAGGUCUGUAUGAGGUUACAGGAAUUUCCUUUUGUUCUUGUAUUUUACUCUUCUUUUGUCUAUACUUGUACUGAUGGAACUUGAACAAACUCUUAGAAAUAAAGACCAGAUUCCCUCA